CUUCCACUUUGUUUCCCCACAAUAUCUCUCUCUCUCUCUCUCUCUCUCUCUCUCUCUCUCUUUCCCUUCCUCUCUCUUCCCCUUCUCAAGCAUGAGCGCCUCUGCAUCUCGCAAGGCCCUGAGUAAGAUCGCAUGCAAUAGACUCCAGAAAGAGCUCGUGGAAUGGCAAGUCAAUCCACCUGCUGGAUUCAAGCACAAAGUCACUGAUAAUCUACAGAGGUGGGUUAUUGAAGUUCAUGGCGCACCAGGAACUCUCUAUGCGAACGAAACUUUUCAACUUCAAGUUGAUUUUCCUGAGCAUUAUCCAAUGGAGGCUCCUCAGGUUAUUUUUCUCAAUCCUGCUCCUAUGCAUCCUCACAUCUACAGCAAUGGCCACAUCUGCUUAGAUAUUUUGUACGACUCGUGGUCCCCAGCCAUGACUGUUAGCUCCAUCUGCAUCAGCAUUCUAUCCAUGCUGUCAAGCUCAACUGUUAAGCAACGCCCUGCGGAUAACGAUCGUUAUGUGAAGAACUGUAGAAACGGGAGGGGUCCGAAGGAGACGAGAUGGUGGUUCCAUGACGACAAAGUGUAAAUAAUGAGAGCCAAUGCCUGAAAGAGUUGGGUCACUUCACAAGCGUCUGAUCAGUCUCUAGGUUAGAAAAAGAAAGAUGGUGGUUCCUUAAGCAGCAGUCGUAGUGAGCUUUCCUGACAGUGCCAGUCCCAAGAGUCACCUGGUUAAAAGCCUUCUUCAGCUGCUGUAUAUUUCCAUUUUAAUUUGUGUAAAGGGAACGCUCUGUGUUGUAUGUAGUCGAUAGGACCAAAAGACCUUGUGUCGCGUUUUAAGUCAACUUGUGUGCCGCCCUCAGCCAACUCAUUCCGGACUAAUCCUCUUUAACUGAUUCGUGAGUGGUUCAUUUUUCUCUUGCUCUCGUAGUUUGGUUGUAGAGGCCCAACUAAUUAGGGAAAAGGUUGAAAUAAUGCUUAGGUCGUGUAGAAAAAGUAAAGGCGCACCUUAAAAUUUGUAGUUUUGGUGUCGAGAAAUCUUCAAAUUAAUUAUAUCGACCUUGCAUUU